AUGAUUCUCGACGUUUCUACUGGCGGGUAUAUAAAACCAACGAAUUUUAAACCAGUGAAUAAGAAUGAUUUCAGGUAUUAUGGCAGAUAUAAUACUGAUGCGAUUAUCAUACCCAUUUAUUGUCUUACUGGCAUUGUGUACGGAAUGGUCGAAUUGAUUCGAAGAGUCAUUCCAAAGGAUAUCGUCGGCGCUGAUGUUCAAAAGUUGCAAAGAAUGGAUGCUAUAGUUCAUAUCUUUUAUGAGGUUUCGGGUACCAGUGGAGCGUUUGCCACUGGCCUUGGCUUGAUUCCCCGUUUUGGAAACAAUUACGCCUUUAUCAUUACGCCGAUCUUUUUCACUGCAUCUGGAAUCAUUUGGCUAUUCGUCAGUUCCCUCGAAUUCAAGGAUACUAAUCAAGACGAUAAAGUCGUCCCGGAUGAUGAAAAACCGAAAUCGAAUUAUUUGAAGUCUGUUGUCAGUGGAUUCCUACUCUUCGGACAAUCUGUCUAUGCUGGUGGAAAAAUCGUGCUCAUCAAUCGAAAGUUUGUUUGGUGGUGGAGUUGCUAUUCUAUUGCCCUUUAUGUUCAUCUAUAUCUUGAAAAUGGAAUUACGCCACAAGUUGCAAAACGAUACCUUGACAAUUCUGAGUGGUCACAAGUUAUCGUUGGUGGCUCAAAUUUUGGCGAGUUGCUCGGCGCACUUUUCGUGUUUCUUUUUGCGAACAGGAUUAAAACUCCUAUGUUUUGGUUACGAUGGAAUGCAUUGAUGUUGCUUAUCAUUUGGUAUAUUCCAUACUAUUAUCCUCCAUCCAACAGCGUCAAAUAUGCUUGGAUUAUCGCCGCAACAUUUAUUCCCAUUUCGUUUGGACUUGCAGCUGGUGAUAUUUCGCUUACUGCUUACAUUCAAUCAUCCCUCACUCAUCUAGAAUCAAAGAAUAAGAAUUUUUCCGUGUUGGGCGCUGUCAUGGCAUUUCUCUACUCAUCAUACAUUGUCAUCUACGCAAUUGCAAAUCCACUUCUUGGAAAGUAUAUUGACAGCAUUUAUAAUUCUACUAAAAGUAUUAGACCAGCACUUGUUAAUACAGCCGGUGUUCAAUUUACCGUUAUUACAGUGGUGAUUUUUGCAUGUACUUUCAUUCCAAAAGGUGCGGUUGCUUUCAAUCCAGCGGUGCUUCAUAAGGAAGAUUUGCUUAGUAAUCUCGAUAGUCCUGAUAAUUCGGGUGUUAUUUUGGACAAGAAUCUUGAAUCUGGUAAAGUUGCUAAGGCGGAAGCUGAACAAACUGUGUAA